CUCUCUUUCAAGUACCCGACUGAAGAAGGCUCUCCCAGGUGAUCGCUGCCCAGGCGAUCGCUGUGUCUCUGCGUACUCUAGGGGCUCCUGUAUGGAAUCUGGCCUCCAAGGAACCAUGUGCCUUUGGCUCUGGUUACUUUGCUUCCUGCCAGUAUCUGGGACGCUGAAGGUCCUCCCGGAAGUACAGCUGGAUGCCGAGUGGGGUGGAUCCAUUGUCGUCAGGUGCCCACUCCGUCACCCUCAAACAGGUGUGAGGAUGUACCUGUGCCGGGAGAUGACUGACCCCAGGAUCUGUGCCACUGUGGUGUCCAACAGCUUCGUCAGGAAGGAGUAUGAAGGACGGGUCGUCCUGCUGCCAUGGUCGGAUCCAGAGCAUUUCCUAGUGGAGUUGAGGCAGCUGACCGGAAGUGACAAUGGAGUCUAUGCUUGCGGUGUGGGUGGACACACAGACCGGGGCAAGACCCAGAGAAUCACCCUGAAUGUCCAUCCUGAAUACGAACCAUUCUGGGAAGAAGAGCCUGCCCCUGAGCCUCCACCGUGGUUUCACAGAUUUCCGCAGGAGCAGAUUCCCAGCCGGCUCCAUGAGGUUGAACAUGUCACUUCUUCUGGAUCCAUAUCCGAAGUGACCACACCAGUUCCCAGGACCAAGGCCCCUCCAGCUCACCAGCCCUCCAGCACCGUUCCAGUCACCCACCAUCCCAGAGGUUCCAGAACAUCUUCCAUGACAGCUGCUAAGUCCCCAGCCCUCCUGCCAGCUCCCACAGCCUCAAAGACCUCCGCUCAGCCUGCACCGCGGCCCCCAGCGGCCAGCUACAGCCACCACACCAGUCUCCAGGGGCAAAGAACACCCCACCACAACCCACAGUACGAGAGAGAAGACCAAGGGCUGCACAUCCCCGUCCUAGAAUUUCACAUCCUGAUUCCGGCCUUCCUGGGCUUUCUGUUGCUGGUUCUUUUGGGGCUGAUGGUAAAAAGAGCCGUUCAAAGAAGGAAAGCCUUUUCCAGGCGCGUGGGCCGAGUGGCGAUGAGGAUUCGAGGCCGGGAGGCGUCCCGCCAGUUUCUCGCACAGCGCCCGGGUGCCCCACAGAGACCACGCUCGCAGAACAACGUCUACAGCGCCUGCCCGCGGCGUGCGCCAAUACCCGACCGAGUGGGCCCAACAGAGACUCCACUUCUCAGUACCCUAGCCUCAGCAAACACCGCCCCGCCGCAGGUACUUGAAGCCCCCUGGCCUCACACCCCACCUCUGAAGACAAGCUGUGAGUACUUGAUGUUGGGCCACCAGCCUGCUGUCAACGUGGAAGACAGUGAUCCAGACGAUUACAUCAACAUUCCUGGCCCAUGUCAUCUCCCCAGCUGGCCCCCAAGGCCCAGAUCUUCGUGCCAAUGAGUCCUGCCUGUCUGCUGAUGUCCAGCACCUUUUUGAUUUGUUUAUAGAAACCCUUACCUCCCAUGUCCCACACCCCAACUUGAGUCUCGCCUGAUUAUCUGAAUGCCUUGAGAAUGGUCCUAUUACAAUUUAAUUUUCACCUCAUUGACGCCCCCUGCACUCAUCGGGAGAGCUCUGGGCAUACAGAGCAUUCAUUUGUCAUGACGGCACCUGUCCCUUCUGUGCCACCUAACAUCCUAGGGGACCUACAAGAUGCUUCAUCACUUUUGGUCACAUGGUCUUUGCUGCCUUACUCCUAGCUCAUGUGGCAUCAGACUGGAACAUAACCCUGGCUGAUCUUCACAGGCCUUGUACCAAAGGGCAUAAUGAGCUUCUACAUUUCUUGAGUCCCAUGUCAAGGGCAACUUAUUUGAUAUGAUUACUUAUUCUAAAUUUUUAGAACUAAGUUUUCGUUAGUGUUAGAGACACCACACACACACACACACACACACACACACACAAAUGAAUCCUCUUUAACUCCCCAUCACUUGGUAUAAAUAACCUGACUCCAGCAUCUCUCUCUUUCAGAAAGUCUUGGCUAUCUCCUAUCUUCACUUUGAUCUUAGCCAAACUAUCAUCUCUCUCUGCUUUCAGAAAUACAACCGUUUCCUUGUCAAUUCCAGACAGCUCAUAGCAAGGCAUGGGAGCAAAGCACCCUGGGGGAUCCACGAAGUCAAGGCUCUGCCCUAGCACUUCCAGCACGGAAGAAGAGACAUCCCACCCGCACAUGCUUCUUGUCUGAUGUUUGGGGCAAGGGUAGAGUCAGGCACUUCUGGAAUUGACAUCAGCUGCAGAGUUCAGGCACAGCAUGAGGCAGGAGAAUGCCAGUUCUUGCAUUUGAGAAGAAGGCCUUUCCCAGAUACACAACACAAGCUCCCUGAACCUUUCCUAGAAAUAGAAGGAAGUGGCUACCUGAGUCAAGCUGCCUUACUUCACGAGGAAUAGCAUCACAGAUUGAACACUGCAUCCAGGUAUAAAGUCACUCUCAGCUUGAUACAUCAUAUUAAACAGAUAAGGAAAGAAUGGUAUCAUAAGAAAAGAGGGGUACUUGUAGAAAUCAGGGAGUGGGUGGGUGGGGAAUCAAGGAAAAGGUGAAGUUUUGGGAUGAAUCGGCUCUGUUUUAGCCCACAUUGUAGCUUUCAUCAUUUAGUCUUCAAAUUAGUGUCCUUUGGUGGAGCAAUAACUGUAGAUGGAAGUUUCUGUCCUGCCUGGUCCCACAGCUGUUCAGUCCCAAAGAAACACACAGAGGCUUAUUAUUAGCUAGCUCUUACAACUUAAUUAACCCAUAAUUCUUACCUAUGUUUAGGUACAUGGCUAGGUACCUUUUCUCAGUGAGGCAUUCUUAUCUUGCUUCCUCUGCAUCUCACUGACUACUGCAUCUCUGCCUUCCCUCUACCCAGAUUUCUCCUAAUCUGGUCGCCCUGACUUUACUUCCUGCCUGGCUACUGGUCAAUCAGUGUUUUAUUGAGCCAAUAGGAGAGACAGAUCUUUACAGUGUACAAGAGCAUUCUCCCACAGUAAAUGACUCAGAGGUUAAGAGCAGUGGCAGCAAUUCCAGAGGACCUGGGUUGGAUCCUCAGUACCCACAUGGCAGCUUACAACUAUCUUUAACUCUAGUCCCAGGGGAUCAACAUACAGGCAGGCAUAACACCCAUACACA